AUGCGCGUCUCAUCCGUCGUCCUCUUCGCCGGGAGUGCCCUGGCCACCGCCAAGCACGAGUGCCUCGUCAACAACCACGAGGACCUGGCCAGCUUCGCCGACUGCGGCCAUCAGGGAGCCCUCGCCUACUGCCUGUCGCAGCUCCAGACCUUCGAGGAGAGCGACAUCCGAACCUGCUACACCAACGUCGGCUGCUCGCCCGCCGACGCCGCCAUUGAGGCGAAAGCCACCCUGGAGCGUUGCGAGGAGAUGGCCCAGUCCGGCGAUCUGAAGAAGCGCUUCCGUGCCGCCGCCUACCCCCGUGCUGACGCCUUCAUUCGCGCUGACACCACCGCCGCCGACGCCACGGCCACCGGCAAGUCCUCCAAGACCGGGAAGAUCUACUCCGGCACCGACUGCUUCAGCACCGGCAAGUCAUCGACCAGCUCGUGCCCCUUGACCACCAGCGGCGACCACACCAAGACCGUGACUUGCUUCCCGACCGAGAUCACCACCAGCACCUGCGACCCCACGCUCAUCUGCACCGUCGAUUCCCAGAACAACGACAUCUGCAUGGACCUCAAGAAAAUGGACGUCGGCGGCAUCGUCGUCGCCCUCGUCUUCGCCGGAGCCCUCGUCAUCGGCGCCGCCGGCCUGACCUUUGCCUGCUGCAAGGACCGCAAGGAGCAGAAGCGCCUCGCCGCCAAGGCCGAGGCCACCGCUCUGGCCCGCGCCGCCACCAAGAAGCAGCGCGCCGCCCAGCGAACUCCCCUCCUCCGCAAAGCCUCUGGCGGCUCCGCUGCCGGCGGCGCGAACCCCUUCCAGGACCAGGGCCGUGCUUAG